UCUACGUAACAAAUCAUGGAAUCAGUGAGGAAUUUAUGGAUGAAGUUUUUGUGGAAAGCAAGAAGCUCUUCGAUCUUCCAUUAGAGGAGAAAAUGAAGCUUCUUAUAAAUGAGAAACACAGAGGUUGCACUCAUGUUCUUGAUGAACUCCUUGAUCCCGCCAAUCAACUCCAUGGUGAUCACAAGGAAGGAUUUUAUAUUGGUAUUGAGCUUCCUGAAGAUGAUCCUGAAGCUCAAAGAACAUUUUAUGGGCCAAAUUUAUGGCCUGAUUCAGAUAUCUUGCCUGGAUGGAGGCAGACUAUGGAAAAAUAUCAUCAACAAGCUCUGGAAGUAGUUAAAAACAUAGCAAGGUUCAUUGCCCUUUCUCUUGAUCUUGAUGCCAACCUUUUUGAAAGACCAAAAAUGCUUGGCAAUCCGAUUGCAAUCUUACAUUUAUUGCAUUAUGAAGGCCAAAUAUCAGACCCUUUGAAGGGAAUUUAUGGAGCUGGUGCACACUCUGAUUAUGGUUUUAUAACUCUCAUGGCAAUAGAUAAUGUUUCUGGACUCCAAAUAUGCAAGGAUAAAGAUGCUAAGCCUUAGGUGUGGGAAUCUGUUGAACCCUUAAAAGGGUAAGACCAUUAUGUCAAAAAGAAAACAACAGUUGACACUUUACACCAUUGGAGAAUAAGAAGAGAUUGCUACACUAAGAUGAUAAAUUAUGUGUCUUUUUGUAUUUACAAAUCAGUUAAUGGCUUUAUAAUAAUAUUUUCACAACCUUUAUUUUUUCUUUUUUAUAUUAACUUUUUAUCUAUUUAUUUUUUCUAUUAUCAUAUCUUGUCACUUCUCAAUGACAUUAUGUGUUUGUUAUAGGAUCAAGUUCCAGAGAAUGAUGUCAAAGGAAUUUCUAAGGAUAAACCACUGUAUGAUCUAUCUGUUUCUUUACUUUAAUGAGUAAAAUUAAAGUUCUAAGGAUAUUCAUAUUCCCCUUCAUUCUUGAUUUAUAUAUCUACAUGGUAUAAUUAUUUUUAAUACUUCCUUUUGCAAAAAGGUAUGCUUUUGAUCAGAAUGAGGCUUUGC